GGUCAUUACAAUGCUCCUCAAACGAUUUGUGUGAAGUAGUUAAGUUGAGCUUGUGCAGUCUUCAAAGAAACUAAGGAAAAGAUGGCUCAAGGGAGAGGGAAGCGGAUAAGGAAGGUUCAAAAAAUGCCUCCACCUCAACAGCCAGCUACAACAACUAUGGUAGAUAAUGUGUUAGCUACACCUACUGUGCGUGAAAAUGUGCCAGCAACACCAACUAUGACAGAAAACGUGUUAGCUACCCCUACUGUGCGUGAAACUGUGCCAGCAACAACUAUUGUUCAUGCUCAUGUGCGAGCAAGAGCUAGCAUGCCACCACUAGCUAAUGUGGCUCAAUCAAUUGAUCAACUGCCUACCCAACAAGAAAUCCCUUUUGUGGGCAUUGGCAUGAAAAGGAAGUGUGGUAAAUCAUGUGGUAAAGCUCUUCAGGAGCUUAUAAAGGCUUAUGGUGGACCUCUGCGUGUUGACUUUCAUCCGACCAUCCAUGUCCCUUCUGAUGACACAAUUUCUAAAAUGUUUACUUCUGAGAUAGGAAUUACUGUACGGGGUGGGGCACCAGUAUGCAAAUAUGGUUGGUCUGAUAUUGAUGAAGAUGAUAAGAGGCUGCUAAGAGAGGAUCUGCGGGUGUUCUUUACGGUGGACUUAACUGAUCCAGCUGUUGUUGCUUAUGUGGAUUCCAAAAUGUCUACUGCCUACUGCCAAUUCAAGACUCAACUGAAGAAGGAAUGGAAAGCAUGUGGCUCAGCUGAGCUAGGAAGAGCAAACUUGCCUAAUGCAGAUUUAUGGCAUGAGAGACCUGAGAUUGCGGAAAAGAAUUAUGCUAAUAGGUAUAUGCAACAACAUACUCACAGGGCUGGUGCACGGCCAUAUGUGCAACAUGCUUUGGUGGCCUCUAAGAUAAACAUGAAUUAG